AUGUUGCUUAAGUACCUGCGUCCCACUAUGGUGAACUAUGGCAUUCACCAUAGGAAUUAUAGCUCAGCAACCACUACUGAAAGUGGCAAACAGUUUCCGCUGGAAGGAAUCCGAAUCCUUGAUCUGACGCGCAUCGUUGCCGGCCCGUACUGUACCAUGGUGCUGGGUGAUCUCGGCGCCGAGGUGUACAAGAUCGAGCGUCCAUUCGAAGGUGAUGAAUCCCGCAAAUGGGGUCCACCGUUCAUGCGCAAUUCGACGGAUUCUGUGUACUUCAUGGCUGCGAAUCGCAACAAAAAGAGUGUUUGCGUGAAUUUGAAAACAGGCCGCGAUGUGAUCUACGAGCUGUCAAAGAAGUGCGACGUUCUGGUGGAGAACUAUGUGCCUGGGAAGUUGGAAGCAUUGGGGCUGGGUUAUGAUAAGCUGAAUAAAAUUGCUCCCUCACUGGUGUACUGUUCCAUUACGGGCUUCGGAUCGGAGGGGCCGUACAAAACCAAACCCGGAUACGAUGUCAUCGCAGCAUCGAUGGGCGGGCUGCUUCACAUUACCGGAAGUGAGAAUGGACCGCCGGCCAAGGUCGGAAUAGCUAUUACUGACAUCGCAACUGGGUUGUAUGCCCAUGGAGCAAUACUAGCGGCGCUAUUACAGCGACAUCGAACCGGACGGGGACAAAAAAUCGACGUGAAUCUUUUUUCCACCCAAGUUGCUUGCUUGAUUAAUAUGGCAAGCAAUUAUCUGAAUGCUGGUAAGGAAGCGAAACGCUGGGGAACGGCUCAUGAGAGUAUUGUUCCGUAUGAAGCAUUUAAAACGAGUACCGGCUAUAUUACGCUCGGUUGCGGAAGCGAUGCGCAGUUUGUCUCGCUUUGUCGUUUGCUGGGAAUGGAAGAGUUAAUUCAGGAUGAACGAUUUGCGAACAAUCGAGCGCGUGUCACACAUCGGAAAGAGCUGAUCGCCAUCCUUUCGGACAUUCUGCAACGCAAAUCUUCCUCGGAAUGGAUGAACGUUUUUGAAAGCGCUUCGUUUCCUGUCGGUCCGAUUAACAGUAUGAAGGAAGUGUUCGAGGAUCGCCAUGUGCAGGCUAUUGGAAUAGUUAAGACGCUUCCCCAUCCGUUAGCGGGUGAUGUGAAACUUGUCGGUCCACCAGUAGUGUAUGGGGAAGCCAAGAAUGAAAUUACAUCCAUUCCACCACAGCUGGGCCAACAUACGGAGGAGGUGCUACGUAAUCUGCUUGGUUAUGGGGACUCCGAAAUGGAUCGUUUGCGGAAGGCGAAAAUUAUACAAUAA